AUGCAGGAGCAUGAUUUGACAGCGGAGCAAGCUGCCUGCCCCUGCAUCGCAGCACGAUUCCAAGGGCCCUCAACCAGCAUGGAGCUGCUUGCACCCGUUGUGCUUGUGGUUGAUCCGGAGGUGAAUCAAAGCGGCUACAUGAAGUUGCCUCCAGAGGAUCAUGACUGCGACACAUUCACUCAAGGCAAAACAGCUUCGUGCGUCCACUGCAUGGGCUGCAAAUGCUGUGAGAGUAGCCAAUUUAUCAAGCCCUUCGCUGUGCCUAAGCCAAGCGGCUGCUUCGUCGGGAUGCGGAUGCUCUCGAAUGGCGGCUUAGGCUAA